AUGCUGGCGGCGUCGAGCAGAACAAGGCUUGCAGACGCUGUCGUCACAGCCAAGCUCGCCAGGUCCGCACCCUUGCAGCGUACGCUCGCCACCGUCGCCAAGAACCAGAGCAAGCCACCCACCGGUGUGCUGCUCAUGAACAUGGGAGGUCCCUCCACAUCCACCACAGAGGAAGUGGGUGAUUUUCUCUCGCGCCUCUUUCACGAUCGAGAGCUCAUCCAGCUUCCCUUCCAGUCCCGACUCGCUCCGCUCAUCGCACGUAGGAGGACACCCAAGAUCGUGGACCAGUAUGAAAAGAUUGGUGGCGGAUCGCCCAUCUUGCGUUGGACCAGGACGCAGGGCCAGGCCAUGACCGAGUUACUCGAUCAGCUUCACCCAGAGACCGCCCCCCACAAGGUCUACGUCGCCUUCCGAUACGCACGACCUUUGACCGAAGAGGCGCUCGACGAGAUGGCCGAGGACGGCGUUACGCGUGCCGUUGGUUUCACUCAGUACCCUCAGUACAGCUGCAGUACCACCGGUAGCAACCUCAACGAGCUCUACCGCGAGAUCCAGAGGCGUAAGGAGCGCGGCGCACCGGAAGCCAACAUUUCUUGGUCGCUCAUUGACCGUUGGCCAACCCACCCUCUGCUCGUAGAGGCGUUCACCAACCGUAUCCAAGCCGUACUCGACACGUAUCCGGAGGAGAAGCGCAACAAGGUUCCCAUCAUGUUCAGCGCCCACUCGCUUCCCAUGCAAAUUGUUUCGGGUCGAGGAGACCCAUACCCAGCGGAAGUCGCAGCCACCGUGGCUGCCGUCAUGACGCGCUUGAAGUGGAGCAACCCUUACCGACUUACAUGGCAGUCGCAGGUAGGCCCCGCCGCUUGGCUCGGGCCGCAGACGAGCGACACCAUCAAGGGCUGGGCCAAGCAGGGCCACAAGGACGCCAUUGUCGUUCCGAUCGCCUUCACCAGCGACCACAUCGAGACGCUUUACGAGAUCGACAUUGAACUGCAGGAGGAGGCCGAGGAGCACGGCAUCACGCUCAAGCGUGCCGAAUCGCUCAACGACGAGCCCACCUUUAUCCGGGCAAUGGCAGAGAUCUGCGCUUCGCAUCUCUCGGCAGUGGAGGGCACACCAAGCAGGAUCGCCGACGAGAAGCGUGGAGAGGAUGUUUGGAGCCAAGGCUUUACCAGCAAGCAGAUGCUGCUCCGAUGUCCCGGUUGCGUCAACUCGGUGUGCGGCGAGCAGAAGGCUUUCUUCGGCCGUACCUCGCAGUAA